UGGCCUCCGUAGCCAUUGUUCCAGAGGAGAACACCUCUAUGGAGGGCUCAGCCAAUCAGCGCGCACCCCGACCUCCUCCGAGCCCCGCCCACUCCACUCUAAUCUAUUUAAAGGCUCGGCCGUGAGCAGCGUUGGCCACUGGCACAACAUAACACUGAUUGAUCCGCCAACAGAAAGCUGAGAGGGAUUUAUUACUUUAUUCAGCUUUCUUUCAUUUGAGCCGUCCUUUAUUUUAUUCCACUAAAACAAUGGCAGACACACAAGUUGACUCCGGCUCGGAUAUCUCUGCCAAGGACCUGAAGGAGAAGAAGCUGGUGGAGGAGAAGGAGAACGGAAAAGAUGCCGCCACCAACGGAAAGGAGAACGAGGAGAACGGAGAACCGGAGGUAGACGACGAGGAGGACGAGGAGGUGGACGAAGAGGACGAGGAGGACGACGGAGAAGGUGAUGAGGAGGACGAGGAGGAGGACGACGACGAGAUCGAGGGAGGCACAAAACGGGCAGCUGAGGACGACGAGGACGACGACGAGGACGACGUCGAAACCAAGAAGCAGAAAACCGACGACGAUGAUUGAUGCGUUUCCCCCCCCGCCCCGAGCCAUCCUGCUGAACCACUUCCUGAAUCUCCACCUCUGACGGGUGGAGGAGCUGGAGGACUGAUUUCAAAGGAGAAAAAAUAAUAAUAAUUAAACAAAAAAAUAAAUAAAAAAAAUAAAAAUCCAACAUGGUCAUUAGCAAGUAGAGUUCAACAACCCACCACCACCACCACCACCACCUCCACCUCCACGCCGCCCGCCCCCUCCCCUCCCUCCUCCUUCUCUAAAAGCUGCAAAACAAAUUUUCUAGAGGACCCCACCAGCCACCACGUCCACGCAGAAUCCGGCUCCAACGACGACCACCAACUACACAAAUGGAGAAUUUGUUUGUAUUUUUAUUUACAUUUUAUAUUUUUGUACAUAUUGUUAGGAGGGGGAGGAGGAGGAGGAGGAAGGGGGGCUUCUUUCUGUCCACAGAUCUCUCUUCAGACCAAAUCGGUGCUUCUUCUCCAACGACAGAUUUUACUUGGUUGACCAUGUUAAUCUCAACAGAUAAAGAAAAAAAAACAACCUCUUAAAGCCGUUGAACUCAGAGCAUUCCAGUAAAUUUAAUGUAUGUACUUUAGCUGUACCAUAACUAGUUUGUUUGUAUGGGAGGGUAAAGGCCAAAGAAAAGAGCCUCUUUUCUUUUUCCUUUUUUUGGUUCUGUUCUUUUUUUUUUGUCAGCGACUUUUUCUUUUAUGACGGCCUGUUUUGAUGUAUGUGCGAAGUUUGUUGUUUGACAAUAAACCGGACUUUUAUUUUGUGAGUUGUA